GCAGUUACGCCCCUUUAGCUAGAACGUAAACAAGAGAUCAAAAUGGCGUUAAGCUUCACUCUUGCAGCAGGAUGGAUACCGUUUGUUGUGGUCCUUGUGCUUACACUCCUGUUUUCUGCAAUCUAUAUCCGCUAUUAUAUGAGCAAGUAUGACAGUGAACUGUCAACAACACUCACAGCCAUCUUUGCACUCACUGUUACCCUCCUGACUUCUGAUCUUGUUCCGGUUGACAUUUUCCUCGUCUCUUUCAUGAAGAAUCAGGAUGGAACAUUUAAAGACUGGGCAAAGGAUAAUUCAACCAGAAACAGCUUAGAAGACUCUGUUUUGUAUGCCUACUAUUCUCUUUAUGGAAUCAUCUGUGUCUGUUUUUUCCUUCUGUUACCCUUCAUGUAUUUCUUCUAUGAGGAGAAGGAUGAAAAUUCAACCUGCAGAUCUCGCACCUGCACAGCCCUGAAGUACUUGAUUGUCUUCAUUAUCAUCGCAGUCGUCUUGUCACUCAUAGGAGCUUUCGUGCCCACAAAAUCAGUGCCAUCAUCCAACAGUACUGAAUGGAUUAAGAUAAAGGGCUUAUUUGAGGGUCUGGCAAGCAAUGGUGGUGAGGAUGCUCUGUCUUUCGUUAUCUGUGUCUUCAGCCUGCUUGGUAUGCUGGGACUUAUCACAUACACAGCUUACGGGAUGUCAGCAUUACCCAUGGAGUUAGUGGCAGGAAGAAAGAGCACAAAGAAGGAGCGUAUGGCGGUGCAGAGCAACAGAAGUAACGUUGAAAGUCAUAGAGAAACUAUCAGAGCCAAGUAUGGACUCAGUCGUUCAACAUCGACUCGUUACCAGCGUCGUAAUGCAGAGCUUGAGGAGCAGGAACGACAACUUGCAAGACAGGAGCGACACCUGGCAGCCAGCGAAAACAGUUGGUGCCAGAAGUGUCUCACUCUUCUCAGACCCUUUGAGAUUGUUCUUGGAGUGGUGUGUUUCCUUCUGGCACUUCUUGUCUUCAUCUCUCUCCUUCUAACCAACAUUGAUAAAGCAAUGAACAGCCUGGGUUACAAGUUUGGAUUUGCCUUGCCUCAUCGUCACUUGCCCAACCCAAUCGACAUUGUCCUUGUCUUUUGUCAGAAGCUGUUCCCACUGGACUACAUCCUCAUGACUGGUGUCACUGUAUACUUUGUCCUCUGCUCCAUGACAGGCGUGUGCCGGAUUGGCAUUUGGUUCUUCUGGAUUCGUAUGUAUAAAGUUCGACCUCGCCGUACCAUGCCUCAGGGACUGCUGAUGUUCUGCAUGAUUUUGAUGUUUCUUGUGCUGGCCAUCAAUGUUGUCAUCUAUGAACUCACCCCUCAGUAUUCAUCUUUCGGCUCCCAACAUUACUUGGUCAACACAACAGGACUGGGCAACUCAACAGUGACGUCUUUGGAGCCUUGCAGUACUGAUGCUUCCUCAGAAAAUUGCACAAUUACUCGAAUGGCUCUGUUGCUGACACGGUUUUUCUACAAAAUGUGGUUCUUUGGUGCUGCCUAUUAUGUGUGCACCUGGGCCUUUCUUGGGACCUUUUUGCUCGGAUUUGUUAUUGUCCUGUGCCGUGGUCGUCGAUCUGCUAUCCAAGGCGAAGUGGACUCUGAUGACUUUGAUGAAAGUGAUGAUGAGCUCUUGCAUGCUUAGUGUGACUUUUUUCUUCUCUUCUACCUGAUUUUAUGCUGUGUAAUUUAAUGCUUUUUGUUGUAUAAAAAAGAUACACACCUAAAGAUUUAAGAACAAAGAUAAUGCUUAUCCACAAUGGACAUCAUAAGCUGGUGUGCUACAAAAGCUCAUGGACAGAGAUUUUGUUCUGAUUUUUUUUUUCCCAUGACACUUUUUCCUGGCUUAGUUUUUUGCUACAUAAAAAGAUUUUGUAAGCUCUUUAGUUUACAGUGGCUAACACGCAUAUUUGUGUCUCAUACUUGAACAAGUACGCAGUACAUACCUCAUGGUCAGGGUGUACACAUCGGAGCUUUCUCCCACCAUCUUGUAUGGAAUGUUUAAGCUCCAGGACUUUUGAGAUUAUGGAGAGGUAGACAAAACCAAUUUUCCACAAUCAGAGCAUAGACAUUUUGGAAUCAGAUUGACAACACUUAGUGGAGUGCAGAGCUUGUGCAAAAGGAAAUUGGAUGGUGGUUGUUAAAUGUAUUUGCUGAAUGUUAUGAUCUCUAAAUUGGUGGAGUUGUAAAUGAUCAUUGAUCUGAUUCUUCAACUUCUUCAUCCCCACAUUCCUUUUUCUUUUCUCUUUUUUUCUCAGUUUCAGAUUUAAAAAAAACAACAAUCUAUUGCUUUUUUGAUGACAUUUCAAUUGUUGUAUAUUUAUUGGUAUUAGUCUUUCCUCUGCGCACUUUGGAUUUUUUGGAUUACUCAAGAGAUAACUCUUAACCAGUACCGGUAACCCUUUAUUACCUUGUAAAUACAAUUUCCAAGUUUUUUCAGAUUGAUCACAAGCGUAUUUGAUUGAUUUAGUCUAAUAUAUUUAUAUUUUAGCCUUUUCUUUUGCAACAUUUGUGAUGUUGUCUUUGUGAUUGUGUCUAAUCAGCAUUGGAAAACAUUCUUUAGGUCUUGUUCUUCCAGCUUUAAAUGUGCGCUUUUCCUAAGUUCUUUAUAAGCUACUGUGUUUGUUAAACUCAUGUGUAAUGUUUACUGAAAUGAAGAAAUUUAACGAUGAAGAAAGUAUUGACUGUAUUAACACUGAUACCUAAGAUCAUCUGAAGUACAGGUAUGUUUAGAGUCUGGAUAACAAGAACUAUAGCCUGACGAGGAAGAGAUGGAUGGUUUUUGACUAGCCAGCAACUAAAGAUAUAUCAUGGUCAAGCAGCUGGCACAAUAAACAGGUGCCUCAUACAGAAGAAGAAUAGUGAGCUUGAAAUGAGAUCCAAAUCCAGGACAGCUGAUGUUCGGUGUAUUGGAAAAAAUUGCUGAACUGUUUGGCCACUGGACUGUACAAAGUAGCCUGACAAAAGAAAUAUGUGAAAAAGCCCAAAAAGAAAUAUUUGGAGCAGAAGAGGCAGAAUGAAUAGAGUAAUGAUAACUGUUCUUGUUUUAGUCAUCACUUUUUUGUUAACAGCGAAACUUUUGUUCAACAAAUUAAAACAUUUUGAAAAA